UGAUGCAACACGGGGCCGUGGCCGGAAGUCCGGGCCGUACCGAAAGUGGGCGUGGCCAAUCAGAUACGGAGGGCGGCGACCGGAAUUCAGAGAGCAACCGGGAGUGGGUGCGGUCACCCGGCAGAUCCCGAUAGAGCGUGGGGGCUUGGCCGGAAGUCAGCUCUUCCGGAAAUAGGCGUGGCCAGUCAGAUACGGCUGCGCGCAAGGCCGUGACCGGAAGUCCGAGCGCGACCGGAAGUUGCCGAGAUGCUGAUGCAAUGUCGGCGCGUGACCGGAAGUCAGGUGCACAGAAAAUAGGCGUGGUCAGAUGCUCUCGGGGUGUUAGAGCGCGACCGGAAAGUGGGCGUGGUCGAUCAUCAGCCUCUGACGCAACCCGGGGGCGUGCCCGGAAGUCAGCGCUACAAGAAAUCGGCGUGGCCAAUCAGAUACGGCUGCGCGCAGGGCCGUGACCGGAAGUCCCAGCUAGACCGGAAGUCGAGCGAGACCGGAAGUGGGCGUUCCCUCGGCUAUAUAAGCCCUGCGCUUCCCGCCCUCCCCUCAGAAGCGCGGCGCCGCGCUUUGGUGCGUGUGGUGUGCGCUCCUCCGCGUUCCCUUCAGGAUUUUUCCUCGCAAAAUCCUCAUUUUUCCUCCCCAAAAAUGGACGGGGACGUCGAAGCUCCUCCCCGCGAGUUAGAGCUGUCCGCUUUAGAUGCCGAAAAACAACCGAUGGCCUCGGCGGAAAGCGGCGGGGCCGGCCCGGAGAAAAACGGGCUGGUGAAGGCCGCGGGGCCCGCGGAGGCGGCCGGGCCCAAGUUCACGGGGCUGGGCAAAGAGGAGCUGCUCCGCGCGGCGGCGGCUCCGGGUUGGGCCCGGGCCCGGACGGCGUUGUUGGCCGCUUUCUGGUUGGGGUGGCUGGGGAUGCUCGGAGCCGCCGCCGCCAUCGUUGCCCGAGCCCCGCGGUGUCAAGGGCCCGGUGCGGCCGAGUGGUGGAGGAGCGCGGGGAUCUACCGAGCGCCGCCCGAGGCCUUCGGGGGAAGCGUGCAGGGUGAGCGCCGGGCCACGAGACGAGCGAUCGGGGCCUGGUUGCGGCGCGGCUUCGAUGGAGUCUUCCUGGACGGCAUCGAGGAGCUGAAG